CACAGCGAGUGCUAUCUUCGACUGGACCGCACGUACACGAAUAUUACGCAUCCUGGAGAGGAAUGUAUAUUCCCCGCACGGCGGAAUCAGGUGCUUCCGCGAUAAUAUCCAGACGACAGCAAACAUCCAUGGCUGACUUUCUCCCCGGCGUCUGCUUGGACGCAGCCGGGCUGGUCACGAUUGCUGAAAUCACAGCCGUCGCCCGGCGAACCGCACUAACCGGCACGUCUGUGCUCUCAGAUAUGUUCAUCCUCUGCCCUGGACUGCAUCGCCAACAGUCAGCUCCGGAGCUCAGUAAGGGGGAGUACCCCGCCGUUGCCGCCAUGACAACUGGGUAUAUCUUCCGAGUAGAAAAUCCUGCAACAGUCUGCUUUCUCCAAAGGGUAGGGAAGACGGGCCAUCUGACGACCCUUCAUGUUUCCUCCCCAACAACAUUUAAUGAACAGAGCAAGAAGAACGCACAAAAGUCGGCAUCAGUAACAUGGAGGCAAUAUCUGUCUAUUUUGCAGGUGCCCGGCAUGAUUCCCGCUCUGGGAUCGCGCGAACAACCAGUCGUUCCAAUAGCGUAUACAUGCGCCGUAUGCGUAACAAUCGCCAUGCUUAUUGUAUAUCUUUGGCUUCAGGAUUGGUGGGGUGUAUUUUGCCUGCUCUCCCUUGUUCUCGCGCGACUAUGCAACAUCCUCGUCAUCCAACGCCGAUGCCGCGAGGCGGGGUGGAAAGGAGCUCCCGAGCCAGGCGUUCAAGGUGAUCUCCUUGUCCUCCUAAGCGGCGACUGCUGGGUGCGUAUCCAAGGCGCAGUGGACGACCUGAAAGCCAUCACCGCGGGCCAGUGGAUGCGAGACCGGAGCGUCGGCGAAGACGUUGUAUCGGCAGUUGCAACUCUUCUCGUAUACGUCAGCGCGGUGCUGGUGUGCAAUAUCAGUAAGACUGGGCAGGUUUUACUGCUUUCUGGGAUGAUUGUGUCCGCUGGGCUGUUGUUUUUGGCCAAUGCUGCAACUGCCACAAUGAACAUGAACGGCAGGGAAAUUCGGGUCGUCAAGGUUUCGAAGAGGUAUUUUCGUCGGCGGGACCUGGCUGAUGAGCUGAUAUGA